CCCCCACCUGUCCUUUCUCCUUCAAUCCCUACGGUCCCCCUCCAGUACCGUAUAACUGCACCACCCCUUCCCUCCUUUGCACGUCGUGAUCCUAUUGAUCUCGUCGCCAUUGUCGGUUCCAAGGUCAACGCCGUCAUCAAAAGACUGCAAGCCAUCUUCGAUUGCAAGGAUCAGCUGCUCGACAUCCCCCACGAGCAUCAACUUGCCCUCCAGCGCAUCGGCGACAGACUCGAGUGGAUACUCGACAACAUCACGGAGAACGGCACCUCGUGGACUCGCAGCCAACAACAGAACAUCGACUGGUUCUGUAAGGAGUUUGGAAAAGUCAAGUUUAGUGGACUAGGACAGAAUUUCGAGCGGAUCGUCAAGGGUCUGGUAGAACUAGAGCGCUUCGGGUACUUGGAUUGGAUCGUCGUUUAG